GUGACGUCAGCCUUCCGACCCAGCGCACAAUCCGAGCGCUCUGGAGCCGAAUGGAAUCGGAGCUGUUACAUUCAGCAUAGCCAUUAGCCAAGCUACUGCCUCGGCGCUGCCGACUCGGCAAUUCACCAAAAAUUUAUUUUCCUAUUUGUUUUAACCCUCAUACUAUAUUGUCCCUCCUUGGGUAGAGCGUAGAAUUCAUAAAUCUGGUUUGUCUGCUCCGGUUUUCAUUGCACUCAACUUUUGUGAAGCGGGUUUGCCGGGACGUUGGGAAACUGUAUGGGCUGAGAUGAAGAGUCUUAAAGCGAAGUUCCGCAAGAGUGAUGCUCAUGAGUGGAGUAAGACGGACGAGCGGUUGCUCAGCGCGGUGGAACACGGCGAAGCCGACAAAGUCUCCGCCCUCCUCGCCAAGAAGGGCACCAGCACGGCCAAGCCGGACAGCGAGGGCCGCACCGUGCUGCAUGCGGCGGCCGCACGCGGACAGGCAGAGUGCCUGGCCCUCAUCCUGGCGCACGGAGGCGACGCUUCGCUGACGGACAGCUCCGGGUGCAGCGCUCUACACCUCUCUGCCAAACACAGCCACCAGGACUGUGCCAAGAAGCUGAUUCAGAGUAAGUGUGCCGUCGACCUGCUGGACGGUGCCGGGAGGACUGCUCUGCACCACGCAGCUGCCAGUGGGAGUGUCCUCAUCGCUCAGCUUCUCUGUGAGCACAAGAGUCCUGUGAACCUGAAGGAUGCGGAGGGCUUCACUCCCUUGCUGCUCUCCGCUCGUCAUGCCCAUGCGGACGUGUGCAGGGUCCUGAUCGACUGGGGAGCUGAUAUCAACACCUGCGACAAGACUGGCAGGUCUGCGGUGAUGUUGGCCAGUGAGAGCAGCAGUGUAGCAGCGGUGGAGGUGUUGGUUCAGAGGGGAGCCGGGCUACAGAUUGUGGACUCUCUGGGUCAUGACGUGCUGCACUACGCUAAGCUGUCGGGCAGUGCUGAGAUCAAAGCCCUGCUCACCCACGCACUCCAGGGCCUCAGGAAGGACUCCGAUACGAUGUCACCGAAGCCACUGCAGCAUGAUCAGGUGGGAGACCGGAGUGCCACUCCCAAAAAGCGGAAAGCCCCGCCCCCUCCUAUUAGCCCCAUUCAGAGUCCUCCGCUGUCUGAAAUGGCGUCUCCGCCUUACCUGACCCCGAGCCAAACUCCCGUGUCCAGUAAAAGUACACCCAGGAAAUUUAAUUACCAGGAGGAUGAACUGAAGAGCGCGGUGCUGAGGGAUGAGGUCGAGAAGCUGCAGGAGGAGAAGAGCAUGCUGCUGGAGACCAUUGAGGAUCUGAAGCAGAUCGUGGAUCAAACGCAGCCCAAGGCGGGAGAUUGUGGGAAUGAGGAGCCGUCUUUGGUGGCGACGCUGCAUGCGAAGAUCGCGGCCCUCUCUCUGGAAAACCAGCAGCUUGCGCACAUCCUGAAGGUGAGUCUCAAAGCCCUCUCUCUGGAAAACCAGCAGCUUGCGCACAUCCUGAAGAAACGGCAGGGCGACUCCCGGCCCCACAGCGUCGUCUCCAACGCCUCCUUCCACUCCACCCACGACGACUUCGACCCCCCCAGCCUGGCCCGGCCCCCCACGCAGGACGAGGACGGUGUGUUCUCCUCCGUGAAGCAGGAUGAGGAGCAGGGGAAGGGAGGGGGGGGCGAGGAGGAGAUCGGGCUGCUCAGGGAGGCUCUGCGGGAGUCCCAGCAGGAGAACCUCGCCCUGCAGGCCCUCCUCACCCCCGCCCCCGGGGAGGCAGAGCUCCAGGCCCGGGCCCUCCAGGCUGAGGGCCGGUACCAGGAGGCACAGAGGGAGGUGCAGAACCUGCGGCUGGAGCUGAGCAGGGGCGAGGACGCCGCGGGGCAGAAGGAGGCCCUGGAGCAGGAGGUGCAGGUGUUGCGCGAGCAGCGGGAGCGAGACGGGGAGCGGAUCCGGGCCCUGGAGGGAGAGGUGGGCGGGGCGGCGACCCCUCAGGAGAUGGAGGAGCUGAAGACCUCCCACGCCGCCCUGCUGGAGAGCCUGGCCCAGGAGAAGGCCCAGCUGGCCAGCCGCUACCAGGAGGCGCAGGAGGAGGUGAAGAUGCUGCAGGAGGCGCUGAGGGGCACAGUGCCUGUGGAGGCCGCGGCCCGCGACUUUGAGGAGAUGAAGGCGGAGCUCGGGAGCGUGAUUGACGGGCUGCAGCAGCGGCUGGUGGAGCUGUCGCACUCCUACAGCGAGGCCAAGGCCGAUCUCAGCUCCGCCCUCUCCCAGCUGCAGGCCCCGCCCCCCCCGGAGCUGCCCGCCCUGCGGCGGCAGGCCGAGGAGGCCCAGGCCCAGAGAGCCGCUGCCCUGCAGCAGAUCGCCCUCCUCAGGCGGGAGGCUGAAGCGCAGGCCAAGAGCAGCAUGCCGCUGGCUGACCACACCCAGGUGGUGACGUCACUGGGCUCCGCCCUGAAAGAGGCGGAGUCCCGGGCGGAGGAGAUGAGGGAGCGUCUGGCGGAGAAGGCGCUCCAGGUGGAGGCGCUCCAGAACCGGCUCACCGUGGAGAAGGACGCCACGCCUGACGAUUCGGUGUCCCGCCUGGAGCACCAGCAGAUGAGGGAGUCGCUGGAGGCCGAGGUGUCCCAGCUCACCCUGCUGCUGCAGGACGCCCUGAGGAAGCAGGACGACAUGGCGCUGGAGAUGGCGGCCGCCUGCCAGGAGGUGCGGGACGGCAGGAGCGCCCGGGAGGCGCUGCAGGAGCAGCUGGAGGCCGGCGAGCGCCACAGAGACCAGCUCCAGGAGACGGUCUCUGGCCUGAGGGCCCGCACAGCAGCGCUGCUCUCCUCUGAGCAGGACCAGAAGAAGAAGAUCGAGGAGCUGAAUAAGGAGGUGAGCCGGCUGAAGGAGGCCCUGAACAGCCUGUCCCAGCUCUCCUACGCCCCCAAGAGGCCGAGUGCGGCGGUGGAGCCUCUGCAGCAGCAGGUCAAGCAGCUGCAGUACCAGCUGGUGGAGACUAAGAAGCAGCACCAUGAGAUCGUGUCGGUCUACAGAAUGCACCUCCUAUAUGCUGUCCAGGGCCAGAUGGAUGAAGAUGUUCAGAAGGCUUUGAAACAGAUACUGAUGAUGUGCAAGAUGCCAACAGAAGCCAAGUGAGACUGCAGAGUUCGUUUACACGCCGCCAGGCAGACUGCGGGUACCGUCUCUUUACCCGAAACCGAAAUGUGCACUGAACCUUCCCGCUAAAAGCAGAGCGCAUCCCGGAGCGGGGCCGUCCUGGGGCUCUCCUCUGCCCCCAGAGGCGAAAUGGUGCCAUUGCAUUCAACAUCCUGUGUCCUGCAGCUGUCCAGCAGAGAAUCAUGGGAGAUGUAGUCCAUACAGACCCGUGGGUGCUCUCUCCAUUGAGUAAAAUUGGGUGGUUAAAUUUUGCAUUUCAAAUAUUUUAAUAGGUAUUUUCAAAACAAAGAAGUUACUUAUUUAUUAUUUUGAUUGUUGAAAAAAAAAAAAAAUUUCAAAAGCACAUUCAAUGUAUGAGAAGUUUGAGGAACUGAAAAUGCAUGUUUUUUUAUGUUUCUAUUAACAUUUUUCUAUUAGCAUGUACAUGUUUAUAAAAAAAAAAACAAUAUUUUACAGAGCAUGCAUGUUUUGUAGCUACUCAAAUUUUUUGGAAAUUCAGACGAGGAAAGUGUAGUUGUAUUUUUAUAUUAUUCCUUAGUUUGUGCGUUUUUAUGUUUGAAUAAAGCAGUUGGCGUUGGGUGAAUUAUUGAGCCCAGAUUUUGUAGGCUGAUGAUGGAAUGUGGCGGAAGGCUUUUCACAUGGCCUUCCUCUUCCUCCCUGUGGACAUGAGCUGUGUUUACCCUUUCAUCAUCCGCUUCUCAAACACCCCAGCCUGUAUUACUGCUGAUUCACAUUCAGCUGUGUGCGUGUGCGUGUGUCUGUAUGUGCAAGCCUUCUUCAGCAUUACCCAUCACACUGUUUUCGGGGGGGAAAAGAUGUCACUAUUUUGUUUAGACUGAAUUUAUACAAGUAUUAUCUUGAGUCAAAGCUGAAAGAUGAGUGUUUUCUGGACAGUGUCGAUGUUACUGCGCACACACUCUCUCACGGACACACACAGGGUAUCCGCACGGACACACACACACACGGACACACACACACUCUCACACAGACACACGCGGACACACACACUCUCACACGGACACACACACACACACACACACACUCACACGGACACACACACUCUCACACACACACUCACACACGGACACACACACACUCCCACACACACUCUCGCACGGACACACACACUCUCACACACACACUCACACACGGACACACACACUCACACACACUCUCACACGGACACACACACUCACACGGACACACACACACUCUCACACGGACACACACACACUCUCACACGGACACACACACACACACACACACACUCUCACACGGACACACACACACUCUCACACGGACACACACACACACACACACACUCUCACACGGACACACACACACACACACUCUCACACACACACACACACACACACACACACUCUCACACGGACACACACACACACACACACACUCUCACACACACACACACACACACACUCUCACACACACACACACACACACACACACACUCACACGGACACACACACACACACACACUCACACGGACACACACAGGGUAUCUGCACGCUAAAGCGUUGCUCCGCUGUGCGGGUCGUUGCCGUUUAGCAGCCAAGCUGGGUACCGGACUGUGCUUCAGUGAAAACCACUUCAUCAGCUUCAGUGAAAACCACUUCAUCAGCUUCAGUGAAAACCACUUCCUCAGCUUCAGUGAAAACCACUUCAUCAGCUUCAGUGAAAACCACAGUCAUGCUUUAUUCUACAGGACAUUACCUAGUAUUUACUGGAUAGGGACACAGCUACUUGCGCAAUUAUUAGGUAACUACUUUGAGUUCAGUGGUAAAUAAUAAAACAGGAAUGACCAUUUGCGAGUACUGUCUAAAUAUAUUUUACAGCCCGUUUCAUAGUACUUGCCUCUGAAAUCAAAAGUGUAAAAAUAUUGGUUGCCCAGUAAAUACUAGGUAAUUAACCGGCCGUAAAAUAUUUCAUUCUAUUAGAUUUACUUCAUAAUGCGUAUUUCAUGAACAAACGCAUAGACGGCUAAUGCAUCUUGACACUUGUCUUACGAGUUCAAAGACAACGGACUAGCUGAGGUAUGUUUAACUACGAUGUCUUACCUUGAACCAAUUAUUAUUCAAUUUACUUGUGCAAAACCAUAACACUACAAGAAUAACAACCUGUCACAUUUGGUGUAAAUUGCCUGACAGGUUUUCUUUGGGUAUGUAAUGUUUUUUUUCUGAACAAGUCUGUACUGGAAGAUGAAUGUUGUUGAGCACACCUGGUGAAUCUAGGUGAUUGUACUGGACUGCGUGGUUUAAAGUCCAAGAGCUGGGUUAGGACCUCUCUUAAGCACUUGCUUCAGUCAGGAGUGGACAUGUUGCUUCAGUCAGGAGCGGACAUGUGCAUGUUGUUCACGGUUAGCGGUGUGUAGGGCGUGUUACCGUAAUAGGAAUAUAUAUAUAUUUGAUAUUGACGGCCUGUUCGCUUGAGACGCUCCCGAAGGCUGUCCUUACGCCAUAAUGAGGCUCCACACCAGGGACUGAAUGAGUGAAUGUAGUAAUGAAGGGGUGAGUGUGUUGGUGAAUGAGUGAAGUUGUGCUGUUACCCAGGUGCAUGUUUAUGUAGAGGCUGUGUAGGUUGUAAAAGUAUUUUCAAAGAAGGGAUUUUUUUUUGAUGAGAUAGAAAAAAAAAUUGUUUUCCCCCCCAACUAUACAAGCAUUUCCGAUUUCUUAAUAAACUGUUAAGAACAUUGA